AUGGGGUGUGUUGUGGCGAAACAGGCGGUUUCCGUCACGCCUGCGAUUGAGCACUCGGUUGAGUCGGAUAAGAAUAGGAAGAAGAAGACAGGGUCAGGUAGGAGCGAGUUGGGUGAGUCAGGGAGAGCGAGUUCCAAUGGUGGAAGUGAGUCUCUGAGCUUCAGGUUGGGGAACCUCAGCAAGUACGUGGAGGGAGAGCAGGCGGCGGCGGGUUGGCCGGCGUGGCUCAGCGCCGUCGCGAGUGAGGCUAUUCACGGUUGGGUCCCUCUUCAAGCCGACGCAUUUGAGAAACUUGAAAAGAUUGGGCAGGGAACAUAUAGCAGUGUUUUCCGAGCAAAGGAGAUUGAGACCGGGAAGAUAGUAGCUUUGAAGAAGGUGAGAUUUGACAAUUUUGAGCCAGAGAGUGUGAGGUUUAUGGCACGAGAAAUAAUGAUUCUUAGGAGGCUUGAUCAUCCAAACAUCAUUAAAUUGGAGGGCUUGAUUACUUCUAGAUUGUCUUGUAGCAUAUACCUUGUGUUUGAGUACAUGGAGCACGACAUCACGGGGCUCUUGUCUAGACCAGAAAUCAAGUUUAGUGAAUCACAGAUCAAAUGCUACAUGAAACAGUUAUUAUCUGGUCUUGAGCAUUGUCACUCACGGGGUGUGAUGCACCGGGACAUCAAAGGAUCAAAUCUUUUAGUAAAUAAUGAAGGGAUAUUGAAGGUGGCAGAUUUUGGACUGGCAAAUUUCUCCAAUUCUGGGAACAAGCAGCCCCUCACCAGUCGUGUAGUCACGUUAUGGUAUCGUCCUCCAGAACUUUUGCUUGGUUCAACAGAUUAUGGUCCAUCCGUGGAUCUCUGGAGUGUUGGCUGUGUAUUUGCAGAAUUACUAAUUGGGAAGCCUAUACUUCAGGGGAGAACUGAGGUUGAACAAUUGCACAAAAUUUUCAAGCUUUGUGGCUCCCCACCCGAAGAAUACUGGAAAAAGACCAGGCUUCCUCAUGCAACAUUGUUCAAGCCUCAGCAACCAUAUGAUAGUUGCCUCCGAGAGACAUUUGAAGAUUUUCAUGCAUCCAGCGUAAAUCUUAUUCAAACUCUUCUUUCUGUUGAACCGAGCAAACGUGGGACAGCCUCCUCUGCUCUCUCAUUAGAGUAUUUCAAAACAAAACCUUAUGCAUGCGACCCGUCAAGCUUACCAAUAUACCCACCUAGCAAGGAGAUUGAUGCGAAACAUGAGGAGGAGUCAAGAAGGAAAAAGAUUGGUGGGAGAGCUGGCGCACAAGAAUCAAGAAAACCAUCAAGAAAGCCACUAGGAUUGAGUAAAUUAGCCCCAGCAGAGGAUUUGACAACUCAAACUUCCCAAAAGAAAGAUGAUAGAUGUGUCCACAUCCUUAAAGAAGAGAACACAAACACAGGCGAGGAGGUGCCAAAGCAGUCUAGUGGUAAACCAGAAGAUGCUUCCCAGGUGAAGAAUGCAUCUCAAGUAGAUAUUCCCUUUCCUGGACCAUUGCAAGUUUCAAAAUCAAGUGGCUUUGCUUGGGCAAAAAGGCGUAGAGAUGACACUUCAAUUAGAGCUCACAGUCGGUCUAUUUCUAGAGGAUAUAUCUUUAAUGCAUUGGAAACUUCUACACUAAAUUCAAGGAAUAAUUCUGAAUUCAGAAACUAUGAAAAUAAUGAUUUUUUCGGGACAUGCACCAACCCUAGGGCCCAUGACCUACUUGAAAUUUCUAAGCUUGCCAUGAAAAAACAAUGGAAUAAGUUUGAUCGUCCAGAUUCAUUUGAUACUGAGGAGUACCAUUCACAAGAACUGUCCAUGGCGCUUUAUAACAGGCAAGAUUCACUAUCCAAGAGAAGUAACCUGAGUUGUCAGGAUCAAGGAGAAAAGGUAGAGUUUUCAGGGCCUCUAUUAUCUCAAAUGCACACAGUAGAUGAGCUCUUAGAAAGACAUGAGCGUCAAAUCCGUCGUACUAUCAGAAGAUCAUGGUUUCAGAGAGGUAAGAAGCAAGGGAAAUAA